AAAAUUGAAAAUUCUGGCAGGCUUUAUCCGUAAAAAAAAAAAAAGAAAAGUCGAUUCAAAGUUUAAACAAUGGCUUAGAUGCCCAUUUGGUUUGACAUUUUAGAUCAUAGUUUCCAAGUAUACGACCCAAAAACCUUUACUAAAUUAUAUAAAAAAAGACCCUUCAAUGGAAACAUGGAUGGAAUUUGAGAUAAAGAACCAUACCCAUACACUAAACCAGAAACUAAAUUUCUUUAAUACACUCAAACAAGCUCUUAUGAUCCCUUACAAAUCUCCCAACAUCAUCGUACUAUGUUUUUUGGUCUCCAUACCCCUAUGUUUCACCUUGUUUUUCCAUGAAAUGAUGCUCCAACAAACAAUCAUUGCAGCCAUGGAUAUGCUGAGAGAACCCAAUGCCAAAACAAUGGCAAAUAGUUUCUUUUAUAAACUGAUCCAACUCGCUCUCCUCCGGCUACUUCCGCUUCAUCUAUCGGAGCUCUGCGUCGCGGUGGUUACUAUUGACUCGGUAUCAAGAAAGGAAAAAUCAGAGAUGGUACGAAGACUUGUAGACAAAGAAAGGUGGAGAGGAAUCCUUGUUACUUCAAUGUAUGUUCAGUUCGUUUCGAAUGGGUUUUUACUCGGUUCGACAUGGUUGAUGAUGAACUAUUAUGUUAUUGUGAGGAGCUUUUGUUAUAAUGUGUUCACUGCGGCAUUUCUUCGAAUAUGUGGUGUGGGUUUGGUAGUGAAAUUUUUAGAAUGGAUGGUUAUGUGGAAUAUGAGUAUCGUGAUCUCAACGUCGGAGGAGGUACAUGGAGUGGAUGCUCUAGGACUCUCGGCUUAUCUUUGCCGAGGCAAAGAAAGACGAGGGUUCUUGUUGACGUUCGUAUUCUUUGUGUCGAGAAUCGGGUUACGGUUUGUAUGUUUUAACAACGAAAGCUAUGGAAAAAGGUGGUGGAUGAUUUUAGGGGUUAGCUUGAUUUGUCUGGGGAAGGUGAUAAAAUGGGUGGUUUGUGUGAUGUAUUUCUAUCAUUGCAAAGAAGGGAGGCUAGAACGGGUUGAUGUGGAAGUAGGAGAACUUGUGAUAAAUUGUAAAUCCGAGACUUAGU